AGAGACCUCAUCGUUCACCAGCGCACCCACACCGGGGAGCGGACCCACCAGUGCUCCCAGUGUGGGAAGAGCUUCAGCUGGAGAAGUGAACUCAUCAUCCACCAGCGCAGCCACACUGGUGAGCGGCCGUUCCAAUGCUCCCAGUGCGGGAAGAGCUUCAAGAGCAGCUCCCAUCUCAAUGAGCACCAGAGGAUCCACACUGGAGAGCGGCCCUACAAGUGCGGUGAGUGCGAUAAGAGCUUCAAGCGCAGCUCGGAAUUCCUGGGGCUGGGGGCCCCCAGCGGGGACCGGCCCCACCAGUGCUCCCAGAGCGGGAAGAGGAUAAGGUGGAGAAGUAAACUCAAGUUCCACCAGCGCAUCCACACCGGGGACAAGCCGUACCAGUGCUCCCAGUGCGGGAAGAGUUUCUACCAAAGCUCCGGCCUCCACAGUCACCAACAGACCCACCGGGACAACCGGCCCUACAAGUGCGGAGAGUGCGGGAAGAGCUUCAAGCACAGUUCGACCCUAUACUGCCACCGGCGCACACACACCGGCCAAGAGCCUGACGACGAAACGGGCGAAGAGCCCGACGACCAAAUGGAGGAAGAGCCCUACGAACAAACCCGUGAGCAGUCCUACAACUGCGACGAGUGUGGGAAGAGCUUCCAGACCAGCUCGACCCUGAACCGCCACCGGCGCAACCACACCGCCGAGCGGCCCUAGAAGUGCGGCGAGUGCGGGAAGA